AUGGCUCAGCCCCAAGCUCAAGCCCUCGAGGCCACGGGAAGACCGUCGAUCGAUGGCUCGGAGCUCGAAAAGGCCAAACAGGCCCAACAUGUUGAGACGGAUGCUGUCUCGACUUUUGAAGAUCCCGUGGAAGCGAAGAAGAUCAUUCGAAAGAUCGACUUCAGGCUCAUCCCUUUGUUGAUGUUCCUCUAUACCUUGACCUUCCUGGACAGAGUCAACAUUGGCAAUGCAAGACUCUGGAAUCUUGAGAAAGAUCUGCAUAUGACUGGCUAUGACUACAAUAUCGUCGUUCUUGUCUUCUACAUUCCCUACAUCCUCCUUGAGAUUCCGUCCAAUAUUAUCCUCAACCAUGUCACGCCCCGAUACUGGAUCGGGUUUUUGACAUUGGGAUGGGGCUUGAGCGUUACCUUUGCCGGCUUUUCCAAGAGUUUCGGUGGCUUGCUCGCCUCGCGGAUCUUCAUCGGUGUCUUUGAAGCCGGCAUGUUCCCCGGAUGUCUCUUCCUGAUCGGAUCUUGGUAUCGACGGCACGAACUCCUCACUCGGAUGGCGUGGUUCAUGGUCUCUAACGACAUCGCCGGCUCUAUCUCGGGCCUGCUGGGUGCUGGCCUGGGAUCGCUCAACGGCCUACGGGGCUACUCUGGCUGGAGUUGGAUCUUCUUCGUCGAAGGCGCCGUGACGUGCUGCGCCGCCGUCCUUGCUUUCUUCUACCUGCCCCCUUUCCCCGAAGAUGCACAGUUCCUGAAGCCGGAGGAGAAGGAGUGGGUGAUUCGCCGGCUCAAGCUUGAUGAACAGCGAAGGAAGGAUAACGAGAAGAUGACGAUUGGAGGCGUCAUCCGAUGCAUCAUCAACUGGAAAAUCUUGACCUCGGGUGUUUUGUACCUGGCCGUCUGCGUCACAGCCUACUCGUUGUCCGUCUUCCAGCCGACUGUCUUGAAGACCUUUGGCUGGUCCAGCCUCAAGUCCAACCUGCUUACAACUCCAGUACGUGUCGUUUCUGGAAUCAUCUCCGUCUGCGUUGGUAUCUGGUCGGACAAGGUACAGCGGCGUGGUAUAUUCUGCGUGGUCGGCUUCUCUAUCAGCAUUAUGGGUAAUCUGCUCGUGAUGCUACUCAAGAACGGCAACCUCCGCUACAUGGGAUUCUACUUUGCCUCCAUUGGCAUUUACAUCUGUCAGCCACUGGUUAUUGCUUGGUGUACGAACCAGAUCGUGGGCACGACGAAGCGUGGUACUCUGACCGCUUUCGCCAUCAGUUGUGGCCAGGUCGGUGGCAUCAUUUCGGCGGUAGUAUUCCCCUCGAAGGAUGGGCCCCAGUAUGUCCCCGGCAUCUCCACCUGCAUAGCAUUUCAGGCUGUUGGUAUCAUGGCUGCUGUCAACAUGUGGGCAUGCGCCGCUUGGGAGAAUCGCCAGAGAGACAUGGGCAAGCGCGACAGCCGCAGACAGCUUUCACAAGAUGAACAAGACAAGCUGGGCGAGCUGCAUCCCGACUUCCGUUACACUCUGUAA